GCCCAUGAACUGGUUUAACACAGUUAACAGUGGUUUUAUGAAUCACAAUGAAUCCUGCUACUCUCUAAAAAUGAAUAUAUCAAAGAGGAAAUAACUUCCUUGGCAUGCUCGCAGCUAUACAACGUAUUUGUUUCACUGCUUUCAACCGCCUGUGCUGGAGGCUCAGAAUAAGUCAAUGAGAGGAGGACUUCAGGCACAGCAGCAAGCAAGUCUACUGAACAGAUAAGAUGACAUGCUCGGGAAGGUAACAACAAAGCCAGAGGGGAACCUCUCUGGCAUGCAAGUUCAAACACGUCUCUACAACUACGGCAGAAAAAGAGAGAAACUUAAAAAAAAAACCUCCUAUUUUUUUCAUAGCUAUCAGUUUCUUUCAGAGCCUUCCUAAAUUUAAGCCUCUAGAAAAUAUUAAAUACUUGGAGAUCUUACCUAUACACAUGGACAGAUGUGUUCAUGUGCUCAUUUUUGAGAACUUGAAUUUUUUUUUUAAAGGAAGGUGUUAUCUUUGGUUUUGAGUGUUUGGCUGGGUACAAUGCUUUAAAAAAAAAACAGAUGACCAGCUUAGCUACUGACCAUGCUGACCACUGUUCGGAACGGCACUGAAUCACAGAAAAACAGCAAAUGGGUCUCUCUCAUAGAGUGUCUGAACUUCAAAGCACAAUUCCUGGGCACAUUUUGCAGAGCACCUUUGUUCACUUUAUCUCUUCUAACUGGUCUGGAUUACAGACAGAAUCAAUACCGGAAGAAAUGAAACUGAUUGUUGAGGAACAGGGAAAUAAACUGCACUGGGCAGCUCUUCUGAUACUCAUGGUGAUAAUACCCACAAUUGGUGGAAAUACCCUUGUUAUUCUGGCUGUUUCACUGGAGAAAAAGCUGCAGUAUGCUACUAAUUACUUUCUAAUGUCCUUGGCGGUGGCUGAUUUGCUGGUUGGAUUGUUUGUGAUGCCAAUUGCCCUCUUGACAAUAAUGUUUGAGGCUAUGUGGCCCCUCCCACUUGUUCUAUGUCCUGCCUGGUUAUUUCUCGACGUUCUCUUUUCAACUGCAUCCAUCAUGCAUCUCUGUGCCAUUUCAGUGGAUCGUUAUAUAGCCAUCAAAAAGCCAAUCCAGGCCAAUCAAUGUAACUCACGGGCUACUGCAUUCAUCAAGAUUACAGUGGUGUGGUUAAUUUCAAUAGGCAUUGCCAUUCCUGUCCCUAUUAAAGGGAUAGAGACUGAUGUGGAUAACCCAAACAAUAUCACUUGUGUGCUGACAAAGGAACGUUUUGGCAAUUUCAUGCUCUUUGGCUCACUGGCUGCCUUCUUUACACCUCUUGCGAUUAUGAUUGUCACCUACUUUCUCACUAUCCAUGCUUUACAGAAGAAAGCUUACUUGGUCAAAAACAAGCCACCUCAACGCCUAACAUGGUUGACCGUGUCUACAGUUUUCCAAAGGGAUGAAACACCUUGCUCAUCACCUGAAAAGGUGGCAAUGUUGGAUGGUUCUCGGAAGGACAAGGCUCUGCCCAACUCAAGUGAUGAAAUUCUUAUGCGAAGAAUGUCUACAAUUGGAAAAAAGUCAGUGCAGACCAUUUCCAAUGAAAAGAGAGCCUCAAAAGUCCUAGGGAUUGUGUUUUUCCUCUUUUUGCUUAUGUGGUGUCCCUUCUUUAUUACAAAUGUAACUUUAGUUUUAUGUGAUUCCUGUAACCAAACUACUCUCCAAAUGCUCCUAGAGAUAUUUGUGUGGAUAGGCUAUGUUUCCUCAGGAGUGAAUCCUUUGGUCUACACCCUCUUCAACAAGACAUUUCGGGAUGCGUUUGGCCGAUACAUCACCUGCAAUUACCGAGCCACAAAAUCAGUAAAAGCUCUUAGAAAACACUCUGGUAAAAUCUACUUCCAGAAUCCAAUGGCAGAGAACUCUAAGUUUUUUAAGAAACAUGGAAUUCGAAAUGGGAUUAAUCCUGCCAUGUACCAGAGUCCAAUGAGGCUCCGAAGUUCAACCAUUCAGUCUUCAUCAAUCAUACUAUUAGAUACACUUCUCCUCACUGAAAAUGAAGGUGACAAAACUGAGGAGCAAGUUAGUUAUGUAUAGCAGAACUGGCACAGCUGUCAUCAAACACGAUGAGUAAGAUGAUAAAUGAGAUGUAAACGCACCAAGAAUAUAUUAUAUAAAGAAUUUUAUGUCAUAUAUCAAAUCAUCUCUUUAACCUAAGAGUUAAGUAUUGAGAAUAUCCAGUUUUCCUCAUUCAGACAAGAUUAUUCCAUGAGGAAAAUAAUUUUAUAUAGCUACAAAUGAAAACAAUCCAGCACUCUGGUUAAAUGUUAAGGUAUUCAAAUGAAAUAAAAUCAAAUCAAUAAAUUACAGGCUUUAAAAA